GAGAGAGAGGGAGGGAAAGAAAAGACCCCUUUUACUGUGCGAGAUCUUAAGGGGGUUUGGAGAUCUGGUCAACUUUCAAGAACAUCUGAAUCCUCUUAGAGCGCCCUGGCCCAGCUGUGAGUGUGUGUGUAUGCGAGAGGGAGAGAGAAAAAGAGGUUCCUGGUGCCCCUCCAAGCGCAUUAAGGACACUCGGGCCUUUUAAUUUUAGGAAUGAAUGCUGAUACUUGUGUUUCUUAUUGUGAUCCGGCUGCCAUGGAUUCCUACUACAACGCAGCCUCCCAGGGCACAGAAGGCUCCUCGCCUUUUAGGGCAUUUCAAGCAAGUGACAAGUUCAGCCCUACUUUCCUGGCCAGCAAAGGACAAGGCUUUGGUGACAGCAGCACUAAGUGCCGGAGCCGCUACAGCCAGCAGGAAUGUCAGUCCCUGGAUGGCAGAGUCCAGGCUCCCGGCUCCGGCGGGUCUCCGGCCUCCUUUAACAAAUACCCUCCGCAGCAGCAGCACCUCUACAUGCAGCGAGGCCCCUGCAAAACGCCCCCGGAGAGCAACCUUAAGCUGCAAGAGAGCAGCGGCCACAACGGAGCUCUGCAGGUCUCCUGUUACGGUAAGGAGAGCAGUUUGGGAGAGGCCGACUUGCAGCCGAGUUCUGACCCUUCGGGAAUGGACAGCAGCUACCUCAGCAUGAAGGAGGCUGGGGUGAAAGUGCCCCAGGACAGGGCCAGCACAGAUCUUCCCAGCCCCAUGGACAAGGCUGACUCGGAGAGCAACAAGGGCAAAAAGCGGAGGAACCGCACCACCUUCACUAGUUACCAGCUGGAGGAACUGGAGAAGGUCUUCCAGAAGACCCACUACCCAGACGUCUAUGCCAGGGAGCAGCUAGCCAUGAGGACGGACCUCACCGAGGCUCGCGUACAGGUGUGGUUUCAGAACCGACGAGCAAAAUGGCGCAAGCGGGAGCGGUUCGGCCAGAUGCAGCAGGUCCGAACCCACUUCUCCACUGCCUACGAGCUGCCCCUGCUCACCCGUGCUGAGAACUAUGCCCAGAUCCAGAACCCUUCCUGGAUCGGCAACAACGGCACCGCUUCCCCCGUGCCCGCCUGCGUGGUCCCUUGCGAGACAGUGCCCUCCUGCAUGUCCCCCCAUGCUCACCCCCACACAGCCGGCAGCGUCUCCGAGUUCCUUGGUGUCUCUGGCCCUGGCAGCCACGUGGGACAGACUCACAUGGGUGGCCUCUUUGGCACAGCCGGGAUGAGCCCCGGCCUCAAUGGCUAUGAGCUGAACAGCGAGCCGGACCGCAAGACCUCCAGCAUCGCUGCCCUGAGGAUGAAAGCGAAGGAGCACAGCGCCGCUAUCUCCUGGGCAACAUGACAGGGCUACAGCCCAAUGCCCGCGAGACAUGGAGAGGGCACAUGGGGACAGCCAAAUAAAUCCAUCCGCUUGGACGCCGGACAGCAGUUGCCUCCUUGGGGAUCUGAAUGCAGCACUUUUAGCUACCCUGGUAUAUAAAGUACAUACAUUAAAGUAAGCGGAGGGUUUCCAGCAUGAACACGGCACCUCCCAGCUCCUGGGAUCAGGCUGGUAGAGGGAAGCUGUGAAGCAGCACCUCUUCCAGUGAGAUCUGGGUUGGGAUGCGUCCCCUCUCACUGCCACCUCCCCAGUAACCUGGGCAUUUUUUCUCCCUGCUCCUUUUUCUGACACCAGAGCUGCCUCUCCAAAGACCAAGAGCCUGCUGGCAUUGCAGCAGCUUGCCCCAUCCUGUCACUCCACACAAGUGCUCCCCCACACCCUCACACUUUUCCCCUCCUGAUUUGUUGACGGUGUUGCUCAGAUCUGUGCUGCCCUGGGCAGGAGACUGGAUGGGGACUCUGGCACCAGCAAAGAGACACCUCUCAGGCUGCUCCCAUCCUCUUAGCAGGAGCCACAGCUUCCCACAGCUGACCAGGGAACAGGGCUGGGAAGAUACCCAAGGGUAGAAAAAGGGCAACAUUACCCCAUCUCCUUCUACUCUGCUUCCUCUUCCUCUUGCAGUCUGAGGUGAAGCACAGAGCCUUAGAGGCCUGUGAAGGGAAUGUCUCUCUUCCCAAUACAGCAUGGUGCCACCACACUGGGAAUCUUUGCCAGCUCUCUGGUUGCCUGGCUGGAGGUGCACCCCAGCAGAUUAUAGCUUCCCAGCACGGCUAGCUGGCCCAGGGAGUACCUUGGCUUUGCUUUGCCACAGUCAUGGUCAAUGUAGAGGCUUAUGUGCAUGGUGGGGCCGCAAAAUGUUUUCUCUGGCUUUCACUGGGUUGGGAAUUAUUAUCCUCAGUUUAGAGACAGCAGCUAUGGGAGGGGAGUACUGUUGCUGGGUAAAUCCACAGAUCCCCAGACUGCUCUGAGAAAGAGCGCAAGUGCUAGCACACAGCUGUGGUUGCAUGAGGCCAUCGAAUUCCUCAUACACCUUGUCCUGGGGUCAGAUUUGUGCAAUGACAGCCUUUCCCUGCAGCCCUUGCCCAGGGCCCCUCUGCACACAGCAGCUGCAGGCAUCUCCGUGUGGGGGACAGUGCAGGGAGCAGGCUAGGAAGAGUCCCAAGGCUGCAUGAGGUGAUGCUGCCUCAUCUCCAGCCACCUCAGGUCCUCUUUGCCUUGUAGAGGAAGCAGGAGACACCAGAACUUGCCUGGUUUGUCUGAACCAAUACGCAUCCCGUGGUUUUCCCCAAAGUGCUCUUACCUGCACAUUGCUGUUAAGUAAGAACUUCUUCACAAGGCUGAAUCUCUUCCAAGCUUUUCAGUGACCUUGUAGUGCUAGGAAUAAUUUUGGAACAUUCUUUUACCCCACUGAAUUAUCACCAGGGAAAAGCUGAAGAUCAUCUGACCAUUUUUACCCACACAGCAUGGCUGUGCAGGCUCAGCUUGAGCUAGGGCAGCCAUCUCCGAGCUUUGCAAGGGAACACCAGGAUUUUGCUCCCAUAAAAAUGUGUGUCACACUGUCCUCCCUCCUCAUGCUCAGUGUUAGGGGAUCUUGUAGUUCAAGGUCCAGGAAUAUUUAGUGGUCUUGGAAAGGGCUCCAAAUAAGCUACAACCAAAUGUCAAGUUUCAGGUUAACAAGGCCUACCAAUAUUUCUACAGUGCCUAGACUGCCAUAUGCUACAUAAAUGAUGUACCAUUGCUAGAUCAAAUGUAACAUAUAUUUAUUGGAAUAAGAAAAGACCAGUAGUACUGUCUCUUUUCUCUCCUCAGAAAUGCUAACAGAUGCCUGCCUUGGUGCUCAUGGGAAACCAGCAUGCAUUUAAGCACACCAUGUGUAAGACCAGGGCCUCUCCCAUCACUAACAGCCAGCACUUAUGUCCCAGCCUAAACAUUCAGCUGAGCCAUCAGACAUGAUGGCUUAGGUGCUAAAAGUGAUGCUGAUCACUGAACCAGACAGGAUCAUGCUGACCAGUUGGAGGUGUACAUCGCCCCCACCAUGCACCCCAGAAGACACUGAGGGUCCUGGGCCACCCAGGAACUGGUGGCAGGAGGCAGUUUCUUCAGCAGAUUUUGUGUAGGCAGCUGAGCGUGGUGCUAAGUGCAUUUUCCCAGGUACAUUGGGGAGCGUGAUGCUUCCCAUGGUCAGCAGGCAGUCCUGUGAAGGGUUGCUGCCCGAACAGCCCAGUAACGUUACUGACAAGGCAAAUUAGCACCAGGCAGAAUGGAGGAACGGGCAGUGGGGUAGGCGGGCACAUGAGGAUGGGCUGGCCAUGGCCUGCUGGUACUGAAGGCAGGAGGGCUGUAGCCAUUCAAGAGCUUUGCAGCAUUCCUGACCGAAGGUAAAGGGUAGCUUUUUCUCACAGACUUCCAUCGGGCCAGGAUUUCACCCGAGCUGUUUAACAGCCCAGAGGAUUUAGUGCUGUACCCCUUGUCUUGUUAGAUAUAGAGGAGUCUCCUGGCAGCAGACUUGGCAUUUACAGAGGCUUGGCCCCUGCUUUCUCUCACCUUAAAAUCCACGUGCAAAGCACAUGUUGGACUCACUCAAUAUAUUUUAAAUGCCACCGCGCAUGCCUGGUCCUGAGCCUGCCUCAACGCAUCGCUAUGCGAGGGGGGAUGUGGUUCCCUGGAGUCCUCUGCAGCAGGGCUUCCUUCCCACUGCCUGCCCCUCAAAAGCUUCUGAAUGCAGCUAUUCAGGCAGUUUUUAAGUUACGUGCAUCUGUAUUUACACUCAUUUUUAAAUUAAUUUAAUUUUUUUAAAAGUAGCUGUUAAAUUAAGAAGAAAAACUGUAUAAAUAUAUAUAUAUACUUUUAUAUAUAUAUGUAUCUUAAUCUAGCCAACCUGCGGCUACUGCGUUUCUUCAGGGUCACAAGGUCCAUUCUUGCAAUCUCAAGUUACCAUGAUGAUGCCUUUUUUAAUUAUUAAUAUUAUUAAUACCUUUCAACUCUAUUUAUGACUUUCUUCUCUAUUUAUUUCUUAUUUAGUAUUUUACGCCUGUCCAUACAUUGAGUUGCGAUUUCCUGGCUUGCACUUGCCUUCGAAGCUGCAAGCUUCAUCCCCAGCCACUGCCAAAUGGUCUCAUAAGCGCUGGCUGCCCCGACACCCACCAUGCUAGUGCCCAUGGUGGCAACCUCUGUGGGUGCAGCACCCGGCUAGCUGGGCUCUCUCAGCUUCCCUCUCCUGCCUCAUGGAGGUAGCAAAAUGUUCCUCCUGAGCAGUCCUGGCCAUGCAGCAGGUAGCCUACAAGGGGGCUGCCUUACGUUGCCCAUGGUUAGAAACACCAGAGAGAUGUCCCAGAGCUUUGAGAGUAGGAGGCAAACGGUGAGAGUAGCACAGGUUCCCAGCACUCGCUUAUGGGUGGUCAGGUGCCACGUACUACCAAGUACUCAGAGGCACUUCUCGCCUACAAGCAACAGUUAGUUGUUUGGUAGCAACUGCAAACCAGUGGUGACCUAGGCUUGGGGUUUGCUAGGCCCUCUGGUGUCCAGGCUCUAAGGGCUGCUGUGUCUGAACAAGCUCACGAGGAGUGAGACAGGGGCCAGGUCAGCCCACUGCCAGUGCUGCCGCCUGCCCGCGCUCCUAGCAGGCUCUCCAGCCAGCAGCUGGGCUCCCGCUGCCUCCUCUUGAACAUGCUACUUAGUUCGGGUCUCACCGGUGUAGCAUCUACCUGGGUACAGCCCACAGGAAAGAGGACCAAGACAGCAAGGUGAAGGAGAACCAGCUGCCUUCUCGUUCAGAGACCACGGCAGCGUGCGAGCAAGCACACGUCCCUGCCAGAGCACACAUCCCUGCUGGAAUGUGCCUGGCUGGAGCCAUGAGCAUGGGCAGGGUGUUAGGGGAAGGCCAUGCACAGGGACAGCAUGUCACACGUAAGGUCACGGAGCUGCAGUGCACAUGACUUUACCUGCCCCAUCAGCCAUGCAGCUGCAGUGCCAACCUAGGCCAUGUAGCCAGUGUGCUGCCCGAGUAGGGCUACCAGCUGGGUUUCUCUGGCAGUGGAGGUGCUUGAGGGAGGUGAGGCACAUUUUCCUGUUUCCCAGAGUACACCCAGACAGGGCACAUGUUGUAAAACACUCUCCAAAGGCAAAAAGGUAGUUCCCUGAAAAAUGUUUCAAAAAUAAUCAAGCAGAGGCAGAGCCCGAGCCCCGUGUUUAUUUCACUGCUCUGACUGACACAGCAAAAAGCAAACAGACCAAAGGAGAAAUUAAACCCAAAUGGGAAAGGGGGGCAGAAUUGGAUGGAAAGUCGCUGAGCAGCUUCCUGAAAGGAGCUGGGAGGAGGCAAUGGAGCGGCCUUGCACCCCCUUAACUCUUUGCUGGUUACACGGUUCCCCACUCCUCCCACAUAGCGAGGUAGGUAGGUAGAACUAGGACUUUUAUACUACUGAUUUUGAAGGACAGUUUUCAAUGUAUAAUAAUAUAUCAGUUUAGGUGUGCAGUGUUUGAAAGAGAGACUGGGAGAAAGAAAGAAAGAAAACAAACCUCAAUCAAUAUUAUUGGUUUUUUGUUGUAAAAUAUUGUAACCUUGUAUAAAUGCAAACUUUUUUUUUUUUCCUUUAGCUUAACAGCCUGGGGUAGAACAUAUUAAAAAAUAAUAAAAAAAACUUUUUAAAAAGUUCAGGAAAAAAAAUCAUUAAAAAUUUUGCCAUGUGAGGUUUGUGCCAUGCAAUGUUCUUGCCUAUGCAGCCAUGUAUUACCAGUUCAUUACAGUGGAAUAUUAAAAAAGAACAAACAGUCUUGCAGCUUGGUUCUUUUUACCUUUUUUGAAGUAAGUUAUUGCACUUGCAGCUUUUU